AUGAUUCAUUUGUAUAAAACUAAUUCCACUGCCUUCAUUCAUGAAUUCAUUCUCCUGGGUUUUGUGUAUAGUAAGGAAGUGGAAAUCCUUCUUUUUGUAUUGUUUUCUAUCAUUUACAUCUUGACUUUGUUGGGCAACAGUGCUAUUAUUUGGGCUGUAUGGUGGGACCAGCAACUACACACUCCCAUGUAUAUUUUAUUGGCCAACUUCUCUUUCCUGGAGAUCUGCUAUAUCAAUUCCAAUGUGCCCAACAUGCUAUUCAACCUCCUCUCCAAGACUAAGACGAUCUCGUUUACUGGAUGCAUCCUCCAGUUCUACACCUUUCUCUCUCUCUGUGCUACAGAACUCUUCUUCCUGGCCCUCAUGGCCUUUGACAGGUAUGUUGCCAUCUGCCGUCCACUCCACUACCCUACCAUAAUGACUAGGAAAGUCUGUGGAACCCUUGUGUCUGCUUGCUGGUUGGGUGGAUUCCUCUGGUUGGUGACACCAGCCUCUGUUAUCUCUCAAGUUCCCUUUUGUGGCUCAAAUGUCAUUGACCACUACCUGUGUGAUCUUGGGGCCAUUCUGGCUAUAUCCUGUGUUCCCGUCCCCAAGACAACUCUGACUUGUAGCACAUUCAGCGCUGUGCUAAUAUUCAUCAGUUUUUUCUACAUCAUUACGUCCUAUGCACUGGUCCUUUAUGCAGUAGUGCAGGUUCCCAAGGGUUCAGGCAGGAAGAAAGCUUUCUCCACAUGUGCCUCCCAUCUGGCAGUGGUGUCCCUAUUUUAUGGCUCUAUCAUGGUGAUGUAUGUGAGCCCAGGAACAGCCAGUCAGCCUGGGCUACAGAAGUUUUUGACCAUGUUCUACUCAAUUGCAACUCCACUUUUAAAUCCUCUGAUCUAUAGCCUCAGGAACAAGGAGAUGAAGGUUGCACUGAGGAAAGUUAUAGUAUCUCUGCUCUGGAGGAUCUUGUCUAGUGGAAAUUGUUUUGAGACUCAAAUACUUGCAUGUUUAAUGCUUACUUUUAGAUGUCCAUCUUGA